AUGGAAGAAAACUUUAUACAACUAGUUAUAGGGAGCAGAUUUUUAUACGAUAAAAGCCAUACAGAUUUUAAAAAUGGGCCAAAAAAAGAGAGAGCUUGGCAAGAAAUAGGCGAAAAUUUCGGAAUUUCAGGUGAAGAAGUUUCCAAACUUUUUAAGUCCAUGCGGAAAAAAUAUUCCAGAAUAAAAAGAAAAAAAGAUACGGAUAGUAAAAGCGGUUCAGGUGCCUCAAAACAAAAAGAGUGGCAUCUGUUUGAAUUGAUGCGAUUCAUAGACGAGGUGCUGAAACCUAGACAAACUGCUAGCAGUAUUUUAAAUAAACCAAGUCAGUCGAGCCAGUCUUUGUCGGUUGAAAUAGAGGUUGAGGAUGGCAUCACCAUUAAGGACCUGCUUGAUGAAUCAAUGCUUUCAUCAGAUUCGUGGGUGUCAACAACAUCAUUAAAUUUAGGGCAAGGCCAAUCAAGCACACCACAAAUUGUUAAAAGGACAGUCUGA